UAAAGGAGGAGAUAGUAGAGUUGCACAGGAUCCAGGGAGGAAGAAAGCUGCCCACACUCCCAGUCUAACCUCCCAAAGACCACUGACAACGCUUGCACACAUCUUCUUCAGCACCAUAGACAGCUCAGCUCUCAUCUUCAGCACCAUAGACAGAUCAGCUCUCAUCUUCAGCACCAUAGACAGCUCAGCUCUCAUCUUCAGCACCAUAGACAGCUCAGCUCUCAUCUUCAGCACCAUAGACAGCUCACCUCUCAUCUUCAGCACCAUAGACAGCUCACCUCUCAUCUUCAGCACCAUAGACAGAUCAGCUCUCAUCUUCAGCACCAUAGACAGAUCAGCUCUCAUCUUCAGCACCAUAGACAGCACCCAGUGCCAGCUCUCCAGUUCAGCACCUUGGACAGCUCCCCUCCCAUAGAGUUCCAUGAUGGAAAGAGUUCUGGUCUUCUGGAGAUAUCGCACCCUAUUCUCUCUCAUCCUCUGCACUCUCAUCCUCUUCAAGGUCCAUUCAGAGGCUGCUCCUUCCCAACAGCAUCCUGACCCAGCCACUCUCUCCAAAAUGUCCCCCAGGGGUAGCCACUGGGCUGUAGGGCACUUAAUGGGCAAAAAGAGUAUAGAAGAAUAUCCAUAUCUGUAUGAUGGAGGGGAGAGGGCUUCAGCAACUGGGUACUUGGAAGGGGAUAAGCCAAUGAAUGGAGCUCAGUGGAAAGAAGCACUCCUUACUUUAUUGAGAAUGAUAGAGUCAAGUGACAACCGAAUUUCCCAGCCAAUGAGAGAUGUGAACCCUUAUAACAGGAAGAGCUAUGAUUCUGAAGACAACGUUAACUACAAAGAGAUGCUGGAUUACCUGUACCAAAUGAUGAAGGACAAUGCACAAAGCUGAGAUUGACGGCACCGUUUAUAUCAUGGAGGAGCUUCUAUUCCACAAGCAUUUGAUUGUCCCGGAUAAAUGAGAUUUUAUUUAUGUAAACAAUAUUUUAUGUAAAUUAUGUAAGUUCCCUUGUUACAAUCUUUCCAACCUCCAUAGUUCCAAAGUACGGACUUACUGGCCUGUUCUGUAAAUAAUGGUCGAGGAGGGUCUUCCAACUACAUGAUUAUAUUUUAGCACCUCUCUGGCAAUUUCAUUCCUUUUAGUUUGUAGACACAAAAUAUUUUGACAUUCACAAUAAAAAUACAAAUAAAAAUGA